AUGGGAGAAGACGCCCCGCAGGACACCCCGCAGAAGCAAUGGUGGGAGGAGUUCCCUGAGCCUAAGGCCGAAUGCCCUCGAACAGACCCUUCAAUUGUGGCAAAGCUUAUCGAGGUGAACGCAGCUUCUGGAAAGAAUGCCCACAGGGACUUCUUGCUAGUUGAUGUUCGAAGGACAGACUGGGAGGGCGGCACUGUCGCUACAUCCAUUAAUCUCCCUGCUCAUACGUUAUACCAGACCCGUCCUCAGAUCUACCAACUUGUCAAACAGGCAGGCAUCAAGAGAAUCAUCUUUUAUUGCGGAAGCAGCAAUGGUCGAGGCCCACGAUGUGCUGGUUGGAUGCAGGACUACCUCGAUGAAGUUGAAGAGACAGAGAUCAAGGCUGAAAUUCUGAUUGGAGGUAUCAAGGGUUGGCAGAAGGCCUAUGCUGGCCAGUUGAUGGACUCCUAUGACGAGAAGGCCUGGGAGAAGAAGGAGUAA